AGCCGCUACCAGACGUUGCAACGAGCUGGUGCCAAGCGGACAUCCUCACCCCAUUCAAACUCAAACUCUUCCGUGUCAGUGUGUGCGUGUGUGUUGCUGCGUAACGGAUCAAUAGAAGUGCGUUUGUGUUCUCCAGACCGGAAGGACUCAAUCAGUCGACGUCGGGCGAGAAGAUUGCGCUCAGUGAGAGUAAAAGUGACAAGUGUGUUGGUCGUAUCGAGGUUACAGGAACAAAAUCAGUUCGUUAACAUACCUCGAACUGUGUGCUUGUGCGUCGAUCGUUGCAAUUUAGCCGAAUUAACGCCAAUAAAGUGCGGUGCGUGCGUGGAGUGCUAAAUUUAGGGUGAAUUUGAAAAGCAGAAAAACAAACAAAUCCCGCCAAAAUGAUGGGGAAGUCGAUUGUUUGCGCGGUGGCGCUGCUAGUGACGAUGGCUGCGGCUCAAGUCCCAGAAUACAUCAAGCAGUGCAAGCGGUCCGAUCCGGAACUGGAGACGUGUCUGAAGAACUCGCUGCACCACCUGAAGCCGUACCUGGCGAAGGGCAUUCCGGAAAUUAAGCUGCCGUCCGUUGAACCUUUCAUCAUGGACACGCUGUCGCUGCAGCUGACCGGAGGACCCCAAGGAUACAGGAUCAACCUGAAGAACAUGGAGGUGUUUGGAGCUAGCAACUUCACCGUCAAGGCACUCAAGUUGAGCGAAGGCAGCAAGCCGUUCGAGGCCAGAUUGACCAUCCCCAAGCUGCUGAUCCACGCCAAGUACACUUCCAGCGGUGUUCUGAUCAUCAUCCCUGCCAGCGGAGCCGGUGACUUCGAUGCCGUCUUCGACGGAGUGACUGCCGACGUCAAGGGUCGCGUCUCGUUCAACGAGAAGCCAACUGGAACGCACAUGCGCGUGGAAACGCUGGACCUGAACCUGGCCAUCAAGAAGCCCCGACUGAGCGUGUCCAAGAUCUUCAACAACAACCGAAUCCUGACUGAAGCCACCAACCUCUUCCUGAAGGAGAACGGCAACGAGGUGCUGCGCGCGCUCCAGCCCCAGCUGCAGAAGAAGCUCUCGGCGGAAUUCUCCGGCAUUGCCAACCAGCUGCUGGAGAACGUUCCCCUGCAGUACUUCAUCGAGGACUAAGCCAUCCUUGCAGCAUUCCUUGUUCCAAAAUAUGGUCUUGCCGAUUUUCCAGUAUUUCCAACCCUGCGAUCGUUGAUCGAGAGCGAAAGCAUUCCUUUUCAACACCCAUGAAAUCAUCAACAUGUACUACUCAUUGGAGCAAGUUAAGAGUGAAAAGAAAACAAAAUCCUAAUCUUUUUUAGUUUCUAAACGCUAUUGAUACCUUAUUUGUAAGUUGGAAGCGUUGAGUGGAGUUAUUUGUACGUUUAAGGGACCAGUAAGCGAAUGGUAAUAUCUGUGAUUAAAUGUUGAUUGUGUAGAACACAGCAUAACGAGUGUUUGCAGGCAGCGUCAGCAAGCGAUCAUGUUUUUUUUGUAUUUGUGAAUGUACAAACACGUAGGUUGUAAGGUGAGACGUUACAAAUAAAGAGUCGUUUACGCUGUAA